AUGCAUAAGGUCUCCAAGUUAGCUGAUGUCAUGGUCAGACAUGGUGUGAAGAAAGGAGAUCGUGUGGUCAUCUACAUGCCCAUGAUUCCACAAACAGUGUACUGUAUGCUGGCGUGUGCAAGAAUAGGAGCCAUCCAUAGCCUGAUUUUUGGCGGAUUUGCAUCUAAAGAGCUUUCUGUUCGCAUUGAUCAUGCAAAGCCCAAACUUAUUGUAACAGCAAGUUUUGGAGUAGAACCAAAAAGGAAAGUGGAAUACAUAACCCUCCUAGAAGGAGCACUGGAAAGGGUACAGAGCAAACCUGAGAAAGUUCUCAUUUACAUGCGACCUAAUUUGGGCCAUGUUCCUCUUGCCCCAGGUCGUGAUCUUGACUGGGAAGAAGAGCUUGCAAAAGCACAGUGUUAUAAAUGUGUCUCUGUUCCCUCAGAUCAUCCACUUUAUAUUCUCUAUACAUCUGGAACAACAGGCUUACCCAAGGGUGUUGUAAGACCAACAGGUGGCUAUGCAGUUAUGCUGAACUGGACAAUGUCAGCUGUAUAUGGACUCAAACCUGGUGAG